GCUUUUAGGGUUUUGCAGGUUUUUAAUGGAGGAGAAGGAAAAAAUAAAAAUCCUUUCUUUUAAUUAAAAUUAAAUAAUGGCACUUUUUCCCUCUCUCUUUCUCUCUCACCCCCAUUAGUCAUUUUCACCAAAUACGUCGAGACCAUUAAACCAAACCCACACCCCCACACCCACUUCCUCACUCUCACUCUCUCAGAGUCCGUACACCUCCCCAACCUCUCUCUCUUGCUACACACAUUAUAUAAACGCAGACCCAUCAUAUUCUUCACCCCCAAUUCAAGAAAGCACAGAGCUUUUUCAAGCUUUUUUUCUGUUCUUCCAUUUUUCCGGCGUGUUAAAGUUUGCUUCUUUCUUUUGAAAACGGUUGCAAUGAGCCUGAGGACGAUGGCUUGGGCCGAAGCGGUGACCGAGUCCGCCCGGAAGCAAACUCGCCCACUUCCCCCGCCGCGCAACACUACCUACUUGCCUCCGCAUCUUCGCUACUCCGGCGGCGGUGGCGAUGGUGGUGGUUACAGCUCCUACGGCCGUGGCUCUAGUGAGUCGACUCAGUACGGUUUUGGUGGUGGUGGUUACAGGGGAGGCGGCCGGAGCGGUCCGGGUCGCGACGGAGGACGAGGAGGUCGUGGUGGUGGUGGUGGUGGCCGGAGUCGAGGUUGGGUGCAGACGCCGAGGCCGAACAGGGAGGCGUUUCAUGACGUGUCAGGGAAAUUUGAGCAGCUGAAAGUGAGGGAGGGGGAUGACGUCGGCAAUGUGGGUAUAAAUUUCGAUGCUUACGAGGAUAUUCCGGUGGAGGCGAGCGGCGAGGACGUGCCGGUGCCGGCGAGCACUUUUGGGGAGAUUGAUUUGGGGGAGUGCUUGAACAACAACAUCAAGAGGUGUAGGUACGUGAAGCCGACGCCGGUUCAGCGCCACGCGAUUCCGAUAGCCAUGGCCGGCCGGGACUUGAUGGCUUGUGCUCAGACCGGGUCCGGAAAGACGGCGGCUUUUUGCUUCCCCAUCAUCAGUGGAGUGUUGGCUAAGUGUGUGGAGAGGUCUCAGAGUAAUGGGGAUGGUUGGACUGCGUUUCCCAGAGCUCUCAUUUUGUCUCCGACGAGAGAGUUGGCUAGUCAGAUAUUUGAGGAAGCUGAGAAGUUUGCUUAUCAGAGUGGGGCAAAAGUGGCUGUUGUUUAUGGUGGAGCGCCGAUGGGUCAGCAGCUUCGUGAUCUGGAGAGAGGUGUUGACAUCCUAGUCGCCACUCCAGGGCGCUUAGUGGACAUGAUUGAAAGGUCACGAGUUUCACUCAAGAUGAUCAAAUACUUGGCACUAGAUGAGGCUGAUAGGAUGUUGGACAUGGGUUUUGAACCUCAAAUAAGGAAGAUUGUUCAAAGAAUGGACAUGCCUCCCCCAGGUGCAAGACAAACACUGCUUUUCAGUGCAACAUUCCCGCAUGAAAUACAGAGACUUGCUGCAGAUUUCCUCAAGAACUACAUUUUUCUGACUGUUGGGAGAGUUGGGUCAAGCACUGAUCUUAUAGCACAAAAGGUUGAGUUUGUCAGGGAUAUGGACAAAAUAGAGCAUUUAUGUGGUCUUCUUAAGAACCAGAGGGACAAUGAAACUCAUGGAAAGCUUGCUUUAACCUUGGUGUUUGUUGAGACCAAGAAAGGAGCAAAUCAAUUGGAAAACUGGUUGUCCAGGAAUGGAUUCCCCGCAAUAGCAAUUCAUGGUGACAAAGUGCAAAUGGAGAGGGAACGAGCUUUGAGAUUGUUCAAGUGUGGCACAACUCCAAUACUGGUGGCAACAGAUGUUGCUUCACGAGGUUUAGAUAUUCCUCAUGUUGCCCACGUCAUCAAUUUUGACUUCCCAAAAAGCAUAGAUGAUUAUGUUCACCGGAUUGGUCGGACUGGACGUGCUGGUAAAUCUGGUCUUGCAACUGCUUUCUUCAGUGAAAAGAACCAGCCUCUUGCAAAGGCACUAGUGGAGUUAAUGAAGGAAUCAAAGCAGGAGGUUCCUAAUUGGCUUAAUGAUUAUGCUGAACAGUCAUUGUCUUAUGGUGGAGACCAGAGCCAAAGGUACAGUAGCAGUAACUUUGGUGGAUAUGACGUCCGUAGGAGUGAGAAUUAUUAUGGUUCAGGCAGUAAUGGUUAUGGAGAUUCUUCUGUGGGUGCAGCUGCUGCUACUUGUAAUGAUGUUUCUGGUUCAUAUGCUACUGGUUCAUUUGGCUAUGGAGGAAAUUAUGGGAAUUCUUCUGUGGAUGAGCCUGCUGCUUCCUACAAUGGUUCUUAUGGGGGUGAAACUGAUGCUGCUGGUACUGCUGGUUCAUCGAGCUUUGGAAAUUAUGAAAAUAUUGUCGCUGGUGGGUGGGAUUAGAUCUGCAGGAUAGUCAUAUUAACAGUAGAGGGGUGAUAUUUAUAGAUAAUGGUUAAAAAAAAAAAGUUUCUGAGUGUGAAGACUAACUACAAGUUGGAGGAAUUCAACCUAAUAUCCCAUUGCUUCUUUUGGCAAAUGGUCUACCAGUACUUGAAAGCAUUGCUGAGCUUCAUUUUGGAGGAUAUGUUCUAGCUAACAUGCCUUUUGACCUUCAUAGUAUUGAGAAGCUUGUUUCAUUUGGUGUUAACCUGUGAUCUUUUUGUAAUGAACCUAAUCUCACAGUGAUAUAUUUUGUCAGCAUGCUUUUACACUAUGGUUAUGAUCCAAAAAUUCAGGUUAAUAUAUCAAUGAAAAGUUGUCUGAA